AGCCGGGAGAUUGCACUUGUUGAAGGCAUUGUUCACAUCAAAUGGAAAGACACGGGGACAUGACAUCCAUCGCGCCGCUCGGCAACGACCCUUUGGAGACGGACAUCAGGAGUGAAGAGCUGAAGGAAGUAGUGGCUACCACAAAGAGCCACACCUUCGUCCUCGAUCUAUGUGAGCCGGUUGACCUCAAGCUGUGGAAACCGCAAGCGUUCGAGACUUUGAAUUCCCAUCUUCAGACGUGGUGUCCGUCGCAUUGGACUCUCAUUGUUUUCGUGCCGCGGCAGCACAACCUCUCGUUUUUUGCCAGCAUGCACCAUCUUUCUUUCGUAAAGCUGCUGGAAGGGAAGUGGGUGAGGAGGAACCAGCAAAAGAAAAGUUUCCCCGCGGGGAACAAUUUGUACACGGAAGACGACCGCAUGUACAUCCUCUUCAAGGGUGACGAUCUGCGCGUCAACACGUCCGUGCCGGAGCAUACGACAUAUUCUGCCGACCUCCAGACUUCGUUCGUGGGCUCAGCGAGGGAGACGUUGGCAGCCUUGGUUGCUCCCGGCAGCCGCUCCAGCGGAACAUUGAAGUAUGCCUGGAUCCGAACUACGUCGGUUGAGGAGCCGCCAGAGCGGUCCGCCUUGCAGAGCCGCUCGGGGUUGGGGGAGCCGAGCCAGGAUCCCACAAUUGGCAGCGGUGCAAUGAGGGACGAAAAUGCGUCGCCUGAGCGGGAACGACGGCCGCUAGGAUUGCAGCGAGAGGCUACGAGUACAGGGUCCGGCGACACGGAGACGACGAAGUCCGCCGAGAUCCAAACUUCUUCAGGCGGGGGGUGUCAGCCAAGGAUUGUCGUGCCGCCGAGAGGGGCAACAUGCACGGAGACAGAAGGGCGGUCCUCGGUAUUCAACACGGGUACCGGGGAAGGGGCUGAAUUGCAUGGAAGGGAAGUAGGGGAGGACAUGGAGGAUGGGAAGGAAGCGCAAGAAGGGGAGGAAGAAGGGGAAGAAGGGGAGGAAGGGGAGGACGGGGAGGAAGUGGGAGAAACGGUGCUCAUUGAAUUGCUUGAAGGAAGAGAGGGUGAGAAAGCGGACGUGAGUAUUGGAAACAACGAAGGGGAGGACAGUGAGGACGAUGCCAGAUCUGGAGAGUCGUCUGACGAGUUCGGACGACUGUACGAAGAGAAUCACGAGGAUGAUGUUGAUGACGAUGCCAUGGCAAUAGAUAGAGACACAAGUGGUUAGCAGACUUUCAGUAGAGCCUGAAGACUAUGAGGUCCAACCACUUACGUCUGUCGUCGAUUUGCAAAACCGGU